CAGGAGUGUAUGAUUCAUGGCCUUAAAAUCGUCGUCAUGCUUAACUUGGGCAGCUGAGAGGCUGUUGAACACCGGCAGCGCGUGCAAUCUCUCUCUCUCUCUCUCUCUCUCUCUCUCUCUCUCCUCGCAUUGUGCGUGGAUUUGUCUCCUUCUCUCCUGCUUUCAUAAGCCACGAGCUUCGCCGUCUUCCUUAUCCGAUUGAACCUGCGCAUUAAUUCGAUUCGAAAUCUGUUCAUCAUCAAGGGUUUCUUCGCUUCUUCCUCAUUCCCUCUGAAUGCCAUACCUGUAGGCUGUAUCAGGCAAUCAAAGAUUUGGGAAAGUGAACUGACUUCACCGCCAUGCCUCUGUUCGAGCUUCUCGGGCUUACAGAAGCUAAGCUUGAGUCAUCUCAAGAGAAGAAAUCUUCUGUACACGAGGAUGAUCUGGUCGAGCUGGUGUGGGAAAAUGGUCAGAUUGCAAUGCAGAGUCAGUCGAGCAAGUCGAGGAAUUCACAGGCUUGCACUAAUUCUAUCCCACGAGCCGUUCAAUCAAACACUUCAAGAGCUAAGGAGAUUGGAAAUGGCUCUGAUGCUCGGAUUGUCAGUCCGCUGAACGAGAUUCCAAUCUCCGUGCCCUUACUUGGACCGGGUUUGAGUCAAGACGACGACUUGGUUCCGUGGUUGAAUCAGCCACUUGAUGAAUCUUUGCAAACUGGAUAUUGUUCUGAUUUCUUUCCUGAUGUGUCUGAAGUCACUGUCAUUGAACCAGAGGAUGAUGUGACCCGUAAUCAGUCGCUUGCAAAUUCCCAAUCUGUUUCGGUACACGAUGAGUCAACUCGAUAUGGGCGUGGCACGAGUCAGUCAUCUUCGUCUCGGUCUAAUCUUUUCCAGGAACCAUCCCCGCUGUAUCAAAUCGACAGAGCGAGGAAUGUUCAAACUGUCUGUGAAGAAUCAUGUUGUUUGUCUCAGAAGCAAUUACCUGAGCUGCCUAGUAACAAGCUUGGUUUGGUAAACUUUUCUCAUUACUCUCGCCCUGCCAUGUUGGCUAAGGCUAAUCUUCACGGCUCGGGUGUAGUGACCACGCGGGAAAUGGGCAGCACAAGUUCAGCCGCCGCAACUAGUGGUCGCGAUCAUGUGGAAACCCGACUUCUUGAAUCGGGUAAUAAGCUAAGGGGAGAAAAAAGCUUUCAUAGUGCAAAGGUGCCGGGGGAUGGGGUUCUUAACCUCUCAGUUGCUUCUGAUCCGGCUAAGUUUGUUGCCUCGGGUUCUUCCUCCAAGGGUAAUGAAAAGGUUUGUCACAUUUUGGGCAAUUCAUGUGGAAGAGAUCAGCCUAGUGAAAUGGCGGAAGAAAGUUAUUCUCUUCGCUCGGGUAAUAAUAGUCUCGAGGAACAUUAUGAUGGCCCUUCACGUUCUCUGAACAGACAGCAGUUGGAUGCUCGGGACAUGACAAUCCGUGAGCAGGAUAUUGAAGAAGAAUCAAUCGAUGCUAGAAAGGCAGCGCCUUUACGUGCAGGCUCGGGUUUCAAGAGAAGUCGUUCAGCGGAAGUUCAUAAUCUGUCUGAAAGAAGACGACGGGAUAGAAUAAACGAGAAGAUGCGUGUGUUACAGGAACUCAUACCGAACUGCAAUAAGGUGGACAAAGCUUCAAUGCUCGACGAAGCAAUUGAGCAUAUCAAGUCACUUCAACUGCAGAUACAGAUCAUGUCCAUGGCAUCUGGAUACUACAUGCCCGGCAUGCAACCUAUCCACCCGGCAAUGCAAAUGCCUCGUUACCCGGAAAUGGCAACGGGAAUGGGUAUGAACUACGGAAUGGGCAUUACGCCUGAUAUGAGCUGUGUUUCACCAAGAGUUCCAAUGGUUCAGGUCCUUCCACAGUUCCAGGCCUCAGGGCUGCAACCGCUUUCCCGUCCUGAUGUCUCGAUGGCUCGUGUUCCCGGAGGUUUGGUUACGGGUUCACGGAGCGAGAUCCACGGCUCUGCGGUUACAGAGACGGGUAAGGUUACUGAUCCGACCAAAGAAACAGGUUCCAAGGAUGAAGUGAAGAACAAGAGCUUGAAACCGUUGCAGAGUAGUUGUAGUUGUAGUGAUGUCUUAACAAAGCAAGUGUAUGAUCAUGUUUGUGGAUCUUCAUGAUAUUUAUAUUGGUUAUGUAACGAGGUUUUAUUAAAUUCAUGCCUUGCAUGGUAAUUAUACAAAACAGAAUCGAAUGUAUCUAAAUCGAAUUCAAUUGAAGAUCUGGUUAGA